GCCUCUGUCCCUGAUGAUUCAGUUAUUGUUUGAUUUAUGUGAUCUUGCAGCUGCCCUUGCUUUGACCCUGGGGAUGGCUGUGUGGGAAGCUUGUGUCUCUAAGAUAGAGUGAAGUGCCGCUCUGUAAUGCAUUUGGAGCCAAAGUGAGUGCAAAGAAACAGAUAAAUACAGAAAAAACCCUCUUUGCUCCAGAUGGACUGAAAAGAGGGACGAUAAGAGAACAGUUCCCUGGAACAAAGUGGUGUCUGAUUUUUUUUUUUUUUGAAAGGACAAUUAUAUCCAUAUUGAAUGAAGCAGUGGGAACAUGGCAAAUACCUUUGUAACAGUAUCUGAUGGAUACUGCCUUAGUGAGCCAAUACAGUAUUAUGAUGUCUUACCAGACCAUAUCAGUUAUCCAGUGCAAGAUCUUGAUUUCCAAGCUGCUCCUUACUGCCAAUAUUCAACUGUUCAGUUCCCUCCAGUAUUACAGACACCAUCUCCACAGACUCAUUACAAUUCAUAUAGUUUGGACUCUCAGUUCAGUGAUGGCCAAUACAUCAUCAAUAAUUGUGAAUUCAGUAAACCCACCUGCAUGGGUGCCCAUCAUGAUGGGGCAGGACACCUUGGACAGAAACGACCUAGGCUUAAUCAUUCUGCCUUACGAAUAAAAGGGCAAGAAGAGCUCUGUGUAGUCUGUGGAGACAAGGCUUCAGGAUAUCAUUACAAUGCGCUCACCUGUGAAGGCUGUAAAGGAUUUUUUCGACGGAGCAUCACCAAAAAUGCAAUAUACAGAUGCAAGAGUGGAGGUCAUUGUGAAAUGGAUAUGUAUAUGAGGAGGAAGUGUCAGGAAUGUCGCCUAAAGAAAUGUAAAGCUAUGGGAAUGCUGGCUGAAUGUUUGCUAACUGAAGUCCAAUGUAAAUCAAAACGACUUAGAAAAAAAAGUAGUUUCCUUUGCAACAUCAAAAUGGAAGACGAGGGAAUGGACAGCAAGCAUGUAUCUUCUACAACCAAACCUUUAAAAGUCCAGGAGAGAAUGGAAUUUACUCCUGCAGAACAUGAACUCAUUGAUCAUAUAUUGGCUGCUCACCAAAAAUGCACAAUUCCAAUGGAGGAAGCAAAAAAGUUUUUACAGGAAAGUGCUAAUCCUGAAGAGAAUUUUCUACGUCUUUCGGAAACAGCAAUGGUUCAUGUGCAUAUCCUAGUAGAUUUUACAAAAAGACUCCCAGGAUUUGAAAGCUUAGCCAAUGAUGAUCAGAUUGCACUAUUAAAAGGUUCUACAAUUGAAGCCAUGUUUUUACGCUCAGCACAAUUAUACAAUGAACAAGGGAUUGAAUAUCAGAUACCAUUUAAUGAAAAUCAUAUAAAAUUUUCUGAUCAUACUCUAUGUGGCCAAAAUAAAAGUGCUUAUCCCACAGAAAUGUCUCAUACAGAAGAAAGUCCAACAUCUACUAGUACAACAGGUAUAACUGAGGAGUUUAUCACUGCAUUAUUUUAUUUCUACAGAAGCAUGGGAGAACUUAAUGUGACCGCAACAGAAUAUGCAUUACUUGUUGCAACUACUGUGUAUUUUUCAGAUCGUCCACUCCUAAAAAACAAGCAACAUGUAGAAAAACUCCAGGAACCUUUUUUAGGAAUUCUGUACAAAUAUUCAAAAAUCUAUCAUCCUGAAGAACCGCAACAUUUUGCCCGUCUCAUAGGGCGGCUCACUGAACUCAGAACACUUAAUCAUAACCACUCAGAAGUACUAGUAACUUGGAGAACAAGGGAUCCUAAGUUGACUUCUUUACUUUGUGAAAUGUGGGACUUGCACUAAAAAAUUGCUAAUUAUAUGAAUUGUUACAAGGAAGUUUUUCUCAGACAUGCUGUUCCUUAAUUCUUACACUUUUAUUUUAAGAAAUCAUUUAUGUUAAAUGGCUUAUAGUUCAUAAAUCGGUUAUGAUGACUAUUCAAAAUAUUAGCUUGUAUUGUGAAAGCACCCACAUACUUUUUUGGAUAAGCAAAAAUAUUAAAAUGUGUAUGAUUUAUUGACAGUGUUAUUGCCAUAUCUGAAGGACAUAUGUAAAAAAAACUGUUUAAAUUGUUAGUUGUCAUAAUGCAUUCAGUUCUUUAUAUGAGCCAUUCAGACCUCUAGUAACAGGUGGGUUGAUUUUCCAUAUGGAUAUAGAUUAGCCCUUAAUUUAGUACUUACAUUAUUCUAUUUCAUGAAAUAAAGAAAUAAAAUGUGGUUAUAGAUAGAAUGUUUUAUACUGUAGUCCAGCAUACAUGGACACUGCAAAUGUAUUGACCUUGCAAAUAUUACAAUCUGUAACUUAUCUGAAUACACUGCAUAAAUGUUGAUUAAAUUUCCCAUUUUAUAUAUAUGCAUGUCCCCAAGCCAUGUCAUUCACAUCCAUUAUAAUUAAUCUUAUUUGCCAAAGUGAAUAUUUAUAAUAAUUAAAUAUUAACAUUUAUUAACAUUAUUUCACCUGUGUGAAGUCAUGCUGUAGAUGGACCAUUUUAGAAGAAUAUUUUAUAACUGAAAUGCCAACUUUUGUGUAUUCCACUGAAAGUUUAAAUACAACUUCAUUUCAAUACAACCAAGAUUUCCAGUGAAUUUGAAAAGGAUACUGUAUAUAAAAUUAAAAAAAAAUAUUGAGUUGAACUUAACUCCUGGAGACUAUUGUGGACCACAAUAUUUCUUUCUCAGCAGUAAAUGGAAGUGUCUUGUCACUAAAUUCCUUUGGGAUUUGUUUUCAGUUACUGCAUUCUUCUGGGAUGUUAUUUUCACUGGGGCUUUUCUGGUCUCCCAUCCAAGAACUAAGCAGGUUCCAUCCUGCUUACGCUUUAUUAACAUCAGUCAUGUUUGGCUAGACCGGUGAUGGCGAACCUUUUAGAGACUGAGUGCCCAAACUGCAACCCAAAACCCACUUAUGCAUCAUGGAGUGCCGAAUGGGUGUGGCCCAUUGGGUGGGUGUGGCUGAAGUGGUAAGGCAGAC